UCCGGGGUCCGGCUGCGUGCUGGAAGAGUAAGAAUCGGAACGCUGGCUCUUUCGGACCGUUAAACGGUCGAGCGAUCGCCGUUCGACUGUGGUUAGCAGCAGCAGGAGAGAGGCCAGGCCGAGCGACUGGUCCGCCCAGUGCUGCAUCACCCUGCCCCGGAGCCCGACUGGGCUCAGGCCGAGAGCUGCGAAAGGCCUUCCUUAGUUCCUCCGGUACUUUGUGUCAGAAGCUGGCCGCCCGCGAUCCGGGCCUCGGGUUGAGAGUUGUGGUUGUACAGACCUCGCCCGGGCUGAAGAAGAAGACUGGCACCGAGCCCUCCAGGUGGAGUAGUGGCAUGUAGAUUAAUUGCCCAGCUCAGUCCAGUCCAGCCUUCUCCACCACUGAGCACAUCUGCAAGAAAGCAGCAUCCUUUAUGAAGGACCCCACCAUCCAGACUAUGUUCUCUUCCUCUGCUACCAUCGAGAAGGAGAUACAAGAGCCUUGCGUCUCACACCACCAGGUUUGCUUUCUGCUUGACAUUGUCUAUAUUUGACCUCAGAUACUAAGAAUUGACUGCCCAGCUAACCAUGUGCAGCACUAUCUAGAUGGUAUGCAGCCUUUUGCGCAGUUGAAUAACAAGCCACACCCAUGGAACCAGACAAUGAUAUUGCACUGGAUAUUUUGAUAACAAAUGUGGUCUGUGUCUUUAAAACAAGAUGCCAUUUAAAUCUGCGAAAGAUUGCACUGGAAGGAACAAAUGUGAUCUACAAAAGAGAUGUUGGGAAAGUGUUAAUGAAGCUGAGAAAACCCAGGAUAACAGCAACAAUUUGGUCUUCAGGAAAAAUUAUAUGCACUGGAGCUACAAGUGAAGAAGAAGCAAAAACUGGAGCUCGAAGACUAGCCCGUCUUCUGCAGAAACUGGGUUUUCAGGUAAAGUUUGCUGGUUAUAAAAUUGUCAACGUUCUGGCUGUGUGUACUAUGCCAUUUGAAAUAAGGCUGCCAGAAUUCACCAAAAAGAAUCGUCCAGUUGCAAGCUAUGAGCCAGAACUUCAUCCUGCAGCAUCUUACAGAAUUAAGGCAUUAAAGGCUACACUUCAAAUCUUUUCAACGGGCAGUAUAACAAUUACAGCACCCAGCAUACAGUGUGUCGCUACUGCAGUGGAACAAACUUAUCCGUUGAUCUUUGAAUCUAGAAAAAUGAUCAAAUAACCAUUCCUGUUACGGGACCAUCUUUGGAAAUUCUGAUUGGAUGACUACAGAGACAAAGUUUACCAUAGAACUAUUCCAGGAAUGGACAUAUAGCAAAUCAGAGACUGUGAGAAUAUAUAUGAACACAAUGCAAAUGUAUUCAUAUUGGGAUGUUAAUAUUGUUUUAUUGUGAACUGUUUACAUGACAUGAUGCUGCUGUUUUUCUUCUUAAGGAGAAUCCUCCUUAUAGUCUCUGCAGUAAGGGAACAGGAUUGUAAAAUGUGCACUACAUUUAAAGUUGAACCACUUUUUUCUGGUUGAGCUUUGUGUUUUAUUGUGAGGUCUUUUUAAAAGAAAAAAAGUUAUGCUGUAUAUGAAAACCAAAGAUGCCACCAAUGUUAUUGUUCAUUUGGUUAUACUGUUUAAAUAAAAUUAAUAGAUGUGUAUUUAAUUUUAAGUUAAGAACCCUGCUAUAAGUCAUAAUUUAUUGAAGAACUUCUGAGUAUUACAAAAUAAAUUUUAUUUCAUUGGUAAAUUCAAAACACUAUUUGUGAAAGCUAUUUUGACUACACAAGUCCUCACAAAUGAGAAUGGUGGAUGGUCAAGUCAUCUUAAAUUCAGGUAGAUGUGAAUUUAAAGUUUAUUUUUUAAAACAAAUGCAUAUUUGGUGAGCUAAUAAAAAGAGGGUUCCUAAAUUUGGAAUCAAAUCACAUCCUAUUAAUUAGAAAAACUAGUGCAUCAAACCUUUCCCAGAUUUUAGGGUAUUGAAAGAUCACUUAAAUGCUUGCAUGACUGCUUGUUGAUCUUAAUUUUUAAAAUUGAUCAGCUGAGCUGAAAAUAAUUGCUUCAUAUACAGCAUCAUCAAAUAGAUCCUAAAAGGCACUGUAAAUUUGUUUUUAUUAAAAUAGUUACAUGCUGUGAUGCAUACUACAUAUCAACCAUUGGAAAGUAUCAAAACAUAGAACCAGUAUUGCAUUAAAAUUUAAAAGCAGUAACUUCUGAAACUUUUAAUGUAUUAGAAAAAAAAAUUGGGAAUGAACUAAAUAGCCCAUAAUGCUGCAGAAGUUCAUUUUAAACUUAUACCAGAAGCCUCAUAAUUUUUCAAUAGAAAAUCUCACUGUUGGUGAGUUCCAGGUGUUUGUCACUUAAACGUUGCUACAGACCGAUCAGUGUAAUUUUGAGUUAUGAAUCUUUCAUACUCCAAAAGAAUAGCUACAGCUAUCUAUUACCUAUGAGAUUUCUUUUCUACACCCAAAUUUUACUUGAAAAUAAAACUGCUUUAUGAGCACAGCAUUGUUUCAAUAUUCCUAAACACAGCUUUUAGCAAUUAUUGCAUAUGUAAUUUUUUUUUAAAUAAAGUCUUCGUUUAUACCUAUCCACAGUUUAUAGAAAAUUCAGUAGUUACAGUUUGGCUUUGCUUUGCAACUUUAAGUAUAUCAUUGUCGGUAUUUCAUCAGAUCUGAUAUACAAUAAGAACUAAAGUUUGAAUUAAUAACUUGCAAAUGUUGUUUGAAAAAGUUGAGAGGCUUGUACUGUAGAAAGCACACUGCAGUGUAGCAGUGCAUGUGAUCAUUAACUCAGUGUCCCUAUUUCCAGUUGAACCUUUGUUCCUCAGGUUGAGUGUCUAUCCUCAAGAACUGCAAGAAGUACCUGUUUGAUACAAGAAUACUCGAUUAACUUUCAGUAAGUUACCUUUAUCGUUGCAAUUUCAUGUAAUCUGCAAACAAAAAUUUUCAAUUAUAUGACAUCUAAAUUUGAAUCAGAACUUACUUGAAACAUAAUCCUUUGAGUGUUGGAUAGCACUUUUGAAUAGCAUUUAUUUUCUGUUUUGUAGAACAAUUAUGUUUUCCUUUGUAAAUUUCCAGUUCUCAACAAAGUUGAAGUAGAUGGAUGUAUUCAAUUGUAACAAUCCAAUUUACAAUAUUCACACAAUAAAUGUAGUCUUAACUUUAUGGUUGUUGUUUAUUUUGUGUAACAAUGCUUCCUUGGUCUCAAAGGGUUAUGUUAUGCGACAGAGUGCAUCUGUCAUGUAAAUAGUCACUUCAGAAUCUGUCAGCAUUCAUGCUUAGAUAUUUUGUUUUCAUUCCAAAUGCCAGUAAAUAGAAUAUUGUACUACUUUUAUGCCAUACUUUGGAAAUUGCCUCUGCUAUUCAAUUUAAGAUGGGAUGGGACAGUUAUGUACCAUAAAGACCAACUGCUUGUGUUGAAAAAUGUAGUUAAAAUAGAAGUUUUUCAUUGAAAAUGUGUAACUUUCAUAUGUAAAUCUGUAAAUUCAGGAAAAACUGCAAAAUUUACCCAUCUCAUGAAAAAUGUAUUUUGGAUUGUUUUGAAAUUUUCAGGUAUAGGGUCGAUAAGUAGCCUAAUGGUUAUGAGCACUUCGGGAUCAAUGUGUCAAAACUGCUUUGUUGACAUGUAUUUCAAUGGAUGAGUUCCAGUUUUAUAUACCUGGGACAUUCAAAGGCAUCAUAAAUGAUUUAUUGAAGAGAAAUCAAAUUUGCCGUGGGAGCUGAUUUAAAAUUAGCCUUCAGAGAGGGAAAUAUGCUACCUAUCACAAGCAUGAACUGGUAAAAAUAACGUAGUCCGAUAAUGAAAAAGAGUAGCUGAAAUUUGUCAAAGUAAGGUCAAAGUUUCAUUGUGCCACCCACAAGAUGAAUUAUUUCAUUGAAGUUUGUUGUAUUUUUCUAUGCCUGUGACAUGUGUUCAUUGGUGCCUAUGCUCCAACAGCGAAAAUGGAAGUAUUUCUGUUUAGAUUUCCAUGAAUUAAAUUUGUACUGUACAAUCAACUAGUGUACCAAAUUACUUGUAGCU